AUUCUAGUAUCAGUACAAGGCUUUAAAACACGCAGCGUCACAAGGCAUCACAAGGCAUCACAAAGUAUCACAAGGUAUCACAAAGUAUCACAAGGUAUCACAAAGUAUCACAAAGUAUCACAGAGUAUCACAAAGUAUCACAAGGUAUCACAAAGUAUCACAAGGCAUCACAAAGUAUCACAAGGUAUCACAAAGUAUCACAAGGUAUCACAAAGUAUCACAAGGUAUCACAAGGUAUCACAGAGUAUCACAAAGUAUCACAAGGUAUCACAAAGUAUCACAAAGUAUCACAAGGUAUCACAAAGCAUCACAAAGUAUCACAAAGCAUCACAAAGUAUCACAAAGUAUCACAAAGUAUCACAAAGUAUCACAAAGUAUCACAGAGUAUCACAGAGUAUCACAAAGUAUCACAAGGUAUCACAAAGUAUCACAAGGUAUCACAAGGUAUCACAAGCCAUCACAAAGUAUCACAUGGCAUCACAAAGUAUCACAAAGUAUCACAAGAUAUCACAAAGUAUCACAAGGUAUCACAAAGUAUCACAAAGUAUCACAAGGAAUCACAAGCCAUCACAAAGUAUCACAAGGCAUCACAGAGUAUCACAAGGUAUCACAAAGUAUCACAAGGUAUCACAAAGCAUCACAGAGUAUCACAAAGCAUCACAAAGUAUCACAAGGUAUCACAAAGUAUCACAAGGUAUCACAAAGUAUCACAAAGUAUCACAGAGUAUCACAAAGUAUCACAAAGUAUCACAAGGUAUCACAAGGUAUCACAAGCCAUCACAAAGUAUCACAAGGCAUCACAAAGUAUCACAAAGUAUCACAAGGUAUCACAAAGUAUCACAAGGUAUCACAAAGUAUCACAAAGUAUCACAAGGUAUCACAAGGUAUCACAAGCCAUCACAAAGUAUCACAAGGCAUCACAAAGUAUCACAAGGUAUCACAAAGUAUCACAAGGUAUCACAAAGUAUCACAAGGUAUCACAAAGUAUCACAAAGUAUCACAAGGCAUCACAAAGUAUCACAAAGUAUCACAAGGUAUCACAAAGUAUCACAAAGUAUCACAAGGUAUCACAAGGUAUCACAAGCCAUCACAAAGUAUCACAAGGCAUCACAAAGUAUCACAAAGUAUCACAAGGUAUCACAAAGUAUCACAAGGUAUCACAA